AUGGCGGCGGUGCAGAAGAUGCUCGGCAGACUGGGUAGCAUUGGAGUGGGUCUUGCUAUCGCCGUUGAUGGUGGUCAAAGAGCCGUUAUUUUCGAUCGAUUCGCUGGAGUGAAGGACGAAGUAAUUGGUGAAGGCACUCAUUUUCUUGUUCCUUGGCUUCAGAAACCAAUUUUGUUCGAUAUUCGCUCAACACCCAGAGUGAUUUCCACGAUUACUGGAAGCAAAGAUCUUCAAAACGUCUCUAUAACCCUGCGUAUACUUCACCGUCCAGAUCCUAAUAAAUUACCGAACAUUUACCUCAAUAUUGGUUUGGAUUACGCAGAACGAGUUCUGCCUUCCAUCACGAAUGAAGUUUUGAAGGCUGUCGUGGCACAAUUCGAUGCCCAUGAGAUGAUCACGCAACGUGAAACAGUUUCCCAACGUGUGUCGUUGGCGCUUGCUCAACGAGCCGCGCAAUUCGGUCUGCUCUUAGAUGAUAUCUCCAUUGCGAAAAGAAGAACUGAUGAAUGA